ACCAACAGGGAUUUCAAAACCAAAACUAAAUUAAAGUGGAAACUCAGAUUUUUUGUUUAUGCAAAUAGUUCAUUCCCUACAACAUCCCUCCGGGAAUGGUCCCCCCCCGCAACAGCAUUCCCUCCCCUUCCCUCCUCCGCAUGCUGCCCUCUCCCUCCACACACAGCGCGGGAAGACGCUGUCAGGAGAGCCCAGGAUCCCAAACAGGGGCCUUGAGAAAUGUGGCUCUUGUACCUCCUGGUGCCCGCCCUGUUCUGCAGGGUGGGGGGCUCCAGACCCACCCCUCAGAAGCUCUUUGGGGAGGUGACCUCCCCUCUUUUCCCCAAGCCGUACCCCAGCAACUUCGAGACAACCACUGUGAUCACGGUCCCCAUGGGAUACAGGGUGAAGCUCGUCUUCUGGCACUUUGACCUGGAGCCUUCCGAAGGCUGUUUCUAUGACUAUGUCAAGAUCUCUGCUGAUAAGAAAAACCUGGGCAGGUUCUGUGGGCAGCUGGGCUCUCCACUGGGCAACCCCCCAGGAAAGAAGGAAUUUAUGUCCCAAGGGAACAAGAUGCUGCUGACCUUCCACACGGACUUCUCCAACGAGGAGAAUGGGACCGUCAUGUUCUACAAGGGCUUCCUGGCCUACUACCAGGCUGUGGACCUCGACGAAUGUGCUUCUCAGCACAACUCGGCUGAGGAGGAGCCGCAGCCCCGGUGCCAGCACCUCUGCCACAACUACGUCGGUGGCUACUUCUGUUCCUGCCGCGCAGGCUACGAGCUCCAGAAGGACAGGCAUUCCUGCCAGGCCGAGUGCAGCAGCGAGCUGUACACAGAGCCGUCAGGCUACGUCUCCAGCCUGGAGUACCCCCGGCCCUACCCCCCGGAUCUGCGCUGCAACUACAGCAUCCGCGUGGAGCGGGGCCUCACCCUCCGCCUCAAGUUCCUGGAGCCUUUCGAAAUCGAUGAGCACCAGCAAGUACACUGCCCGUACGACCAGCUACAGAUCUACGCCAACGGGAAGAACAUUGGCGAGUUCUGUGGGAAGCAAAGGCCCCCCGACCUUGACACCAGCAGCAAUGCCGUAGAUCUGCUGUUCUUCACAGAUGAGUCUGGGGACAGCCGGGGCUGGAAUCUCCAUUACACCACUGAAAUCAUCAAGUGCCCCCAGCCCAAGACCCUAGACGAGUUCACCAUCAUCCAGGACCUACAGCCUCAGUACCAGUUCCGUGACUACUUCAUUGUCACCUGCAAGCAAGGCUACCAGCUCGUGGAGGGGAACCAGGCGCUGGUCUCCUUCACGGCUGUCUGCCAGGAUGACGGCACGUGGCAUCGCGCCAUGCCCAGGUGCAAGAUCAAGGACUGUGGGCAGCCCCGAAGCCUGACUAACGGAGCCUUCCAUUACACCACCAAAAAGGGGGUGAACACCUACCAAGCGCGUAUCCAGUACUACUGCAAUGAGCCAUACUACAAGAUGCAGACCAGAGCUGGCAGCAGUGAGUCCAAGCGAGGGAUGUACACCUGCACGGCCCAGGGCAUUUGGAAGAAUGAGCAGGAGGGAGAGAAGAUACCUCGGUGUUUGCCAGUGUGUGGGAAGCCUGUCCACCCCGUGGAACAGAAGCAGCGCAUCAUCGGAGGGCAAAAGGCGCAGCUGGGCAACUUCCCCUGGCAGGCAUUCACCAACAUCUACGGGCGCGGGGGUGGAGCCCUGCUGGGCGACCGCUGGAUCCUCACGGCAGCCCACACCCUCUACCCCAAGGACCACGACAUGCAAAACAACGCCACUGUGGACGUGUUCCUGGGCCACACAAGCGUGGAAGAGAUCACAAAGAUGGCAAAUCACCCCGUCCGCAGGGUCAGCAUCCACCCGGACUACCGUCAGGACGAGUCCCACAACUUUGAGGGGGACAUCGCCCUGCUGGAGCUGGAAAAUAGCGUCACCCUGGGCCCUAACCUCCUUCCCAUCUGCCUCCCUGACAACGAGACCUUCUAUGACAGGGGCCUCAUGGGCUAUGUCAGUGGCUUUGGGAUAAUGGAGGAGAAGCUCUCUUAUGACCUCAGGUUUGUCCGUCUGCCCGUAGCUAAGCGAGAGGCAUGUGAGAGCUGGCUCCGGAAAAAUAAGAGGAAUGAUGUGUUUUCUCAGAACAUGUUCUGUGCCGGGGACCCAAGUCUGAAGCAGGACGCCUGUCAGGGGGAUAGUGGGAGUGUUUUUGCAGUGAGGGACCAGGACGAUCGCUGGGUGGCCACGGGCAUCGUGUCCUGGGGCAUCGGGUGCAGCAGGGGGUAUGGCUUCUACACCAAACUGCUCAACUAUGUGGACUGGAUCAAGAAAGAGAUGGAGCAGGAGGGCUGAGCCCAGAAUUCACUAGGUCAGAAGGCAGAGAGCAGUGUGUUCAAAAACAUCAUCUGACCCGUUGUCAAUAACCACUAAGAGUCUUUCUUAAAAUCGCUGAUGCAGAAAGA